AUGGCAGACAACGACAUUGCUACACGUGCGCCCGAGAGCGAUGCGCAGCAAGAUACUCAACAGCAGACGCCUCACGCAGAAGCCAAGGUCCCGGAGCCAGCGCCAGAGAGCGUCUUUCCUGGAGACACUAGAGCACAAGAUGGACCAAGCAUGGGUGAACACUGCACAACAGAUCGCCCUACCCCCGCCGGCGAGAAACCCACAGGUGAUCUGACGAAGCUCGGUGGUGUCGAAUGCUAUAUUGCUAAGCCUGCCGACUACCCGCAUUCGCCCUCGAAACUCCUGCUUAUGCUCACGGGUGGUACCGGCGUCAAGUCUACCAACAAUCAACUACAAGCCGACAAGUUUGCUGCGGAAGGGUACUUGGUCGUAAUGCCUGAUCAAUUCGAUAACGAUCCAGCACCAAACAGCGUCAGCAUGGAUGAGGUCCCACAGGAUGCUUCUUGGCUUGAGGCUGUCAAAUUGAGAACGGCGGAGGGCAUAAAAUCAUUUAUGAUUGAUAUGUGGCUUGCGCGCCACACUCCCGAGAAGGUUCUCCCGUUGCUGCACAAGGUCAUUGAGGGCGCCAAAGAGGAAUAUGCUGAUGCUGUCGCGAAUGGUGGAGGCAUCUACGGUGUCGGUUAUUGCUUUGGCGCAAAGUACAUCCUCAUGCUGGCCUCUGAACUCCCUGAUACCGUUGCCUGGGGUCAAGAAACUCCAAAGGAUGAAGAGCAAGGAACAACGAAGAAAGAACCCGUGCUUCGCGCUGGCGCUGUCGCACACCCAACUAUGACAUACAAAGAGGACCUCGAAGCCGUCAAGUCUCCAGUCUACAUCGCUGCAGUGAAAGAUGAUCCGAUGUUCUCAGAAGAUGAUGAGCUAACACCUGGUCGGCGAGCUAUGGAGAAGAACAAGGUUGAGCACGAAAUUCAAGUCUUCUCUGGAGUACCUCAUGGCUUCGCCGUCUUUGGGGAUUAUGAGGAUGCGAAGAUCAAACAGUCGCAAGCACAAGCUUUCGGUCAGAUGUUGGCCUGGAUACAAUCGCACUAG